CCCAAUGCGAUGGAACUCAUCUUAUCUUGCGUGGAAUCAGCUACUUAAAUUAAAAGGCCAUAUUGGUCUUCUUAAAAAUUUACUUUCAACCAAAUCUGACUCUGAUUCUAAAAAAGACUUUAAACAUUUAAAAAAAAUUUCACUUUAUGAUGAUGAAUGGGAUGCACUCCAAGACCUAGUAGAGAUUCUUGAACCAUGUGCUGAAGCCACUAAUUAUUUAGGUGGAAGCAAUUAUUGUAUCUAUUCAAUCAUGGUCCCUACUCUACUUGAACUUAAAAAAAGAUAUCAGCCAUCAGUUGCCAACGAUGAUAUUGUAGAUAAAAUUAAUUAUGAGGACGACGAAAACCUAUUUGAAGAUGCUACAAUUGAUGAAGAAGAGGAGGUGCAAACUUAUACGCCAAUUAGUAUAGAUCUUGACGAAGUUAAAAGUAUUUUGUACAAUGCAAUAAGCCACUAUUGGCCCGAUUUAACAACACCCAAUUCACUUUUACCUUGUCUUUUGGACCCCAGGUGUAAAUCUUUAACUUUUGUCACAUUCGAUGAAUGGUUUGCUACUGAAAACUUGCUUCACGAAGAAUACAGUGUGACGGAAUAA